AUGCAGUUGUGUCACGCGGUUGCGUCACGUGGGUGCGUCAAGGAAACUAUCUCCUCCAAGGACAGACGCGGCGGCCUUCUUUCAAUUGUCGCGAACCACCGCUCAUCCUCUGAUGAUCUGUUGUCGUCGGUGGUAUGCCCGUCCCUGGCUUACGCCAACACUUUGUUUUUCCGGUCGGCCUACAACGUUCAGGUGAUUGUGGAAGAUAACGAGCCAAAGGAAAAACUGUUGAAUCGAUUCAGGAGGGAGGUCAUGAGGGCCGACAUCAUCCAGGAAUGCAAACACAGAAGGUUCUUUGAGAAUAAGCAGGAUGAAGUUAAACGCAGGACCUGA